CAUGUUAAGUUGGAGAGUCUGAUACUUUCGGAGGAUGCGAGAGCUAUAAGGGGGUUGGUGCUCGUGAGGAACUUGAGUUAUAGGAAGUGGAUCGUUGCACGGUUUACGAUGGAUCGGUGGCAGACGACGAGUGAGGUUAGUGCAAGACAUCUGGAGAGCAGCACGGUAGUGAAAACGGACCCUUUUGCCUAUGACCGCUUCGAGUUUUUCAUACGCUUGGCGGAUUUCAUGGGCAGGAUAUGGGACAGGACCCUCCAUUUAUGCGUGCGCUACUCUGCUGAAGGUUAUGGAGAGAUGUGGGAUAACAAUGGCGGACGGAAUUACACGGUUGUGUUUAAGCGCAAGCCGUUCAGCCAAAUACGCGAGUUUGGAAGGGAUGAGAAGGCUGGGGCAGCGGUGCUUAGGGGGGUUUCUGCGAUGGACGAUGAUGAUGAUGACGACGACGACGAAGAUGGCAUCGGUGCACGAAUGAAGGUCGCUGCGCUUAAAAAGACGCUGGAGAAGGUGAUGCCUUCUAAUGGGUCUUCUUUGGGUGUGACAGGCAUGGGAACACCCUCGAGUGGCGCACGGGCAGCUCCUGCGCCUGUUGAUCAGCCGAAUCAGAGUGGUUCGUUCCAUCAGUCUGGCCCACCGGCUUUCGUUAAUAGCCGAUCGGCUCACGACGUCCUCCUUCGGCUUGGAAAACAGCAUUCGCCCACCCAGUCGCCUGUUCUACCACCUUCUCCAAGUCCUAGGCGCAUGUUCUACAUAUCAGGUAACGAUGUGCCUCUUUCACCUCGUCGUGCGCACAAGGAAGGAUCUCUUGCGGGUCGAUACGAUCUUGGGUCGUCCCUCAAGAAUGCUGCCACGGGGGGGCACACCCCCGAAAAAUCUCCACUGGCACCGGCAAACAGCAUCCCAUUCCCGUCCACCGGUUCCCCGUCACGUUCCCCUGUUUCCCCACAUGGAAUGCCACCCGGAUCAUCAUUCAUCAAUCAGAAGUUCACCUCAACCCCUGUAACGUUCUCGAGGGUUCGUUCAACUUCCAGAGGAUCCCCACGCGAUGCGGCCUUGCUCACCCCUGGCGGGGAAAGCGACCAGGGCACUGUGAAGUCUGGAUUCUGGGCCUUGAGCCACUCACCACCUUUCCGGACGAGUUCAGAUACGGACAUUCCAGCGAGUUUGCAUAGUAGUGGACCAUCGACGCCGUUUGAGAGUCAAAUAGCACAUGGCAAUACGGGCUCCAAGGGGAAAGGUGCGGUGGGUGAUGCAGCAAAUAAAGGCAAUACCCAGAGGGGUUACUUUGCGCUCCCUGUCCGGGGCGGAAAGAAGAUUGGAAGUAAGACGACAGUGUCGUCAUCCUUGACUAAGGGGUUUCAUACAGAUCCGACUGAAAAGGAUGCUGGCGACGCUCUUGUCCCCCCUCCAACGGUUUCGAGGUUCCUCCCGAUUCCUAAGGCGACUAACACAAAUCAUAAUAUGAGUUAUGAUGUUAGCCCCAGUAUCAGUCCCCCUUUCUCUGAUGCGGGCUGGUCUGGCUUCGAUUCUGCGAUGGAUGAUAUUCAUAGAAACACAACAUCCACCGUUCCGUUCGUACCUACAUCCAGCUCCACAGCCUUAAGAACCUUGAGCCCUGAGCGGCGUGAUGGGCCUUCGCGCGAGAGUAGCUCGGAUGACAUAUCCUCCGCCUCCUCGACCGUCCCCGCAACAUCGUCAGACGCUUCCAAUUCAACUGCGCUUUCCACUCCUUCGCCUCCGUCUCCGACAGAAACAAGCCUUACUCCUAAGGAAGAUGAAAUUGCGCGCAACACCAAUGAAACCCAGAAUCUUCACUCCAUCCUCGAUCAAUUCUGCUUCUAUACUGGGCCGGGCAGCAUCGGCGGCACACGGCGUUCCCAUUCCACUUCAAGUGUUGACGAAUUUUUCGCACAAGGCGGACACGUGGUUCCAGAAAUACCUCUACUAGACCAUUCUGGUCGUACAACUCCAAUCCCAUACAAUUCCCAUUACAACAUUCAACGCUCUCCGGGAGCUCAUUCUCCAAAUGCACGAAAUAACGCCCGCUCGGCGGAAUCGACCGUGCGGAUGCAGCCAAUUGCCGGUUGAUGCUUCGGUCAGUUCGCUCCUGUUAUGACAGUGAUUACAGAUCCCCUUCAUAUCCUUCCCCUUCCAUCGUGCCCCAUGUUUUGUAUUCGUAAUGUAUUGAUUUGUGCUACCACUACUGUAGCCAAAACCCAUACACGGUUUAAUAGCUCCCCUCCACGCACUGUAUUUCUCGACAUACACGUUGUUACUUAUCAGUGCAUCAGCACCAGUAGUACUUGAUCUUAUUCCGCGCCACUUGUUUUCUGACGUUUCCAUCACCAUCGAUGUCUCAAGUUUGAUCACACAGCCCAUCAAAAACAAGUUCGAAAUGGGAUAAUUUCUC